AUGCCGUCGAUGAGGAUUGUUCUAAUGGUGGUGUUGCUGCUCCUCGUCGUUCCGCAGCCCAUCAUCGCCGACGAGGGCAAUGAGACGAACAACUCGAAGAUGUUGCCGACCGGAAGUACGACCAACGACCCGAAGACGACGCUGCUUCCCGAGAAAAGCCCGCCUCCCCAAGUCCAAGGCGACUCGACGCCAUCUCCUUCGCCGAUGUCCUCUAGCAGUUCGCCCGUCAAGCCCCUUAACCAAGCUACAGUACGCCAAAUUCUCGAGGCAGCAAGGGAAGAUGUUGAUCAUCUAUUUAAUAAGACGGAGCCCAGCCUGGCCACGAGAGCGGCCACGAAGGCCGGCACGGUCAUGCUCAAAUUCUGGGGUUCAAACCGAUCGGCAAAGGAAUUAUCGUACUCGGCCCUCGUCAGCCAGAUCGCCUCUCAACAGCUGGUCAGUCGAGGAGCCAGUCGGGAGCAGCUGGAAAAGGCGCAAUUGAAGGGAUCCGCCCUGGCAGAGAUUUGCCCUCAAAACGCGAUCGAAGAGUGCAUUCCGGGAAAAUACAGAAGCUACUCUGGCCAUUGUAACAAUGUUCGCCAUGCUCUCUGGGGUGCCAACCUUCAGCCGAUGCAACGGAUGGGUCGGGCUGCCUAUCGAGAUGGUAUCGCCAUUCCGCGCGGGACCUCUAGGCACGAUGGGCUGCCGAGUGGAUUUGAGGUCUCCUCCCUCUUUGGUAGACCGGAACGGGUGCACGGCUCGUGCUCGUUGUUCACCACCGCGUGGGCGUCGUUCAUCUAUGACGACCUGAGCCUGGCCGGGAAUUCGCAUCUGACGCGCGGUACCUCGCGAUACUUUACAACAGUUCAACCGCCCCCAGUGCCGUGUUGUGACGACGAGGUGGAGCAUCCAGACUGCUUUCCGAUAAAAAAUCAGGACAGAGAGGACGAGAAGUGUCUACCGUAUGCCCGGACAUUGGCGGCGCCACGGGAAAACUGCUCUCUGGGGCCCAGGGAGCAGAGUAAUACCCGCUGUUUCCGUACCGGCCACCCCCGCGCCAAUCAACUACCCACACUUGCCGCUCUUUAUGCCCUUUGGAUGCGCCAGCAUAACCAUAUUGCGGAUGGUUUAAAGCGCGUCAACCCGCACUGGGGUGACGAGAAACUGUUCCAAGAAGCCCGCCGAGUAGUCGUUGCCCAACUGCAGCAUAUCACGUAUAAUGAGAUGUUGCCGAUGCUGGUGGGGAAGGAGGGAUUGAGACGGAAUGGGCUGGCGUUGCGGCAUCGGGGUUAUGAUUCGGAUUAUGAUAUGGACGUCGACCCUACCGUCCUCAACGAAUUCGCCGCCGCCAUUGGCCAAUUCUUCUACACCCUCCACCCGCCCACCGUCCAGUACCUCGACGAGCACGGCGACGUGGCUAGGGAAGACGAUCUGCGCCAAGCCUUCAACAACCCCAGUCAAUUGCACAGUCGCGGGGCCCUCGAUGGGGUUGUCAGAUUUUUGGCACAACGCCAGAUCAACGAGCCGGGGCUGCAGAUGGCCGACGCAAUGCGCCACAACUUUUUGGGGGUUAAAGGCCUCGACCUGGCCGCGAUCAUCAUCCAAAUGGGCCGGGACCACGGGCUGGCUAGCUACUCGAAAUGGCGAAAGUGGUGUGGGCUGAGUGUUCCCCGAGAUUGGCGCCAGUUCGCUGACGAGGUGCAAAACGUAACGCUGGUCGACGCGCUGGCACAGGUGUAUCGCCGCGUGGAAGAUGUGGACCUGUUCGUUGGGGGGUUGAUGGAGAGCCCGGUGAAGGGAGCCCUCCUCGGUCCAACCUUCGGCUGCAUCACCACCCGCCAAUUCUACAAUACGAGAAGGGGCGACCGCUUCUGGUACGAGAACUUCUUCGUCCCGUCCGCCUUCACCAUCGAGCAACUCGAAGAGCUCAGAAAGACCACGCUAGCCAGGAUAGUCUGCGACAACUCCGAGCCGGGCCUCCAGAUGCAGCCCCACCUCUUCAACGUCCCCGAUCAAUGGGGAAAUUGCCUGGUUGACUGCAACUCCACGGUCAUCCCGAAAAUCGACUUCUCCGCCUGGGCCGACGAGGAGCCGGAGUUGAAGCUCCCCAUCACGAAGGCAACCCUCGAGAAAGCCAUUCGCCUUGGCUACGAGCAGUAUGAGAGGCUGGAGAAGGCCGAGAAGGGCCGCAUUGCUGCUCAAGGAAACCGUGGUGAUCUACCGGCGGCGCUGCUCUCCCAUUCGCUACUUAUGGCCCCGAAAAAGGAGUCGUUGGAUAUUGCACGCACGGCGGGAAUUCUCUCCGAAACGACGCGAAUCCUGGUGGAUGGAAGUCAACUCAACCCCGAGGAGCGUCUGCCUCAAUCCCUCGAUAUCUCCACCCUAAAGCAGCUACUUCCCGGCGUCGAUGUGGCCAAGGUUGUCGGCAAUUUUACGCCAUUCUUGGGGCGUGACAACCCGAAGCGCGAGGAAUGUUUGCCGGAACCGUUGCCCUGUGAUCACACCACAAAAUAUAGAACCUUCUCCGGCUGGUGCAACAAUCUGAAGUUUCCCAAGUACGGCAACGCGUUCGGGUCGAUGCGCCGGUUGUUGGACCCGGCUUAUGAUGAUGGCUUCGAUCACCCGCGAACAAAAGCCAAAUCCGGUAAAACUCUGCCGUCAGCCCGAAAAAUCUCGAACGUCGUCCACGCGGAUGCCCCGAAUUUCCACGUCAAAUUCACGCACAUGGUAAUGCAAUUCGGGCAAAUUCUCGACCACGACAUGAUGCAUUCACCGAUUUCGCGAGGACCCGGAAAUACGAUACUCAACUGCUCCGAGUGUGAUUCGUAUCAAAAAUUAUCAGUUCAUUGCUUCCCGAUAAAAAUCGAUCAAGGGGACCCUUUCUUCCCAGCCACAUACCCGGAUGGACGGCCAAGAUGCAUGCCGUUUGCCCGGAGCCUUCUCGGCCAGCUUACCCUUGGCUAUCGGAAUCAGCUAAACCAGCUCACUUCAUACUUGGACGCUUCGACCAUCUACGGCUCCACGCAGUGCGAGGCCAACAAAUUGCGCCUCUUCUCGAGGGGGUUGCUCAACUUUACGAAUUUGGGUUUCAACAAAGAAGCCCUACCCCAAGGCCCGCAAGAGCGAGACUGCCGCUCCAUUCUCAAAGAUCCCAAGGCCCGCUGCUUCGAGGCUGGAGAUGAACGGGUGAACGAACAGCCUGGACUCGCCGUAAUCCACACCAUCUUCCUACGCGAACACAACCGAAUGGCCACCGAGCUGAGGAAGCUGAACAACUUCUGGAGCGACGAGCAGUUGUAUCAGGAAACGCGUCGGAUCAUGAUCGCGAAGCUACAGCACAUCAUCUUCGCCGAAUGGUUGCCGGUGGUCCUGGGCUGCGAGACGAUGGCCAGAUACGAUCUGAUGCCAAAGAAGAAUGGCUACUACACCGAAUAUGACCCCCAUUGUGACGCGUCCAUCACGCAAGAAAUGUCAACUUCCGCCUUCCGCUUCGGCCACACCCUGAUUCGAGCCAUGUUCCCGCGCAUGAAUGCGGCUUUUGGCAACGAGACCGAGCCGGUCGUUUUGAAGGAUCACUUUGCGAAUCCACUUCCGCUCUACAACAAAACCGUGGGCCAUAUGGAGUCGCUGCUGAUGGGGCUGGUUGGGGCGCAUAGCAUGGCGUUCGAUCGCCACAUUACGGAUGCUGUUCGGAAUCACCUAUUCGCAAAACCGGGAGGGCCACUGACAGGAAUCGACUUACCCGCUGUCAACAUCCAGCGAGGACGAGAUCACGGCGUUCAACCCUAUAACGCGUAUCGUGAAAUCUGCGGUUUCCCGCGUGCCCACCGAUUUGCCGACCUGAAAGAUACGAUGGAUAAGGAGGCGAUUGAGGCCCUGGAAAAGGUCUACGAAAGCGUGGACGAUAUCGACCUAUUCCCGGGGCUGAUGAGCGAGCGGCCGCUAAAGGGAGCGCUAGUCGGGCCGAUGCUCGCCUGCAUCAUUGCCGAGCAAAUGCAACGGUUGAAGAAGUGCGAUCGGUUCUACUAUGAAAAUGAUCAGCCGUCAACGCGAUUUACGCCGGGUCAAUUAGCCGAAAUUCGCAAAUCGUCCCUCGCGGCCAUGUUCUGCCAGAAUAGCCAGUGGGCCAGCCAGAUCCAGCCUAACGUAUUUUUGAUGGCCGAUGAGUUGAGCAAUUCACCAAUCACCUGUUCCGAGGUGCCACAAGUCGACUUGACCGAAUGGGUGGACAGGCAAUGGUGCGUAAUCGGUGAUCGAGUCGUCGGACGGGGCAAAACCGCCAGAGCAAUGCCCUGCGUCACCUGCACUUGUACAGCCGACGGACCCGAAUGCCAUCCGAUGAUCGUGGAAAAGUGCGAAAGCCUCCUUGACACAUACUUGCUCAGCGAUAUUGCUACGGAUACCUCUUGCGUCAUACAAUGCUCAAAACUGCUCCGCGAGCAGAAGGGACGACUU